CCUCUGUGUUCCAAGCCAGAGAUGAGGCUGGAAGCAUGUGGGGGCCUAUGGGGGCAGUUGCUGCCAAGACCAAGGAGGACCCUCCUUGGCCAGAGAGUGGAGAACUGGGUGCUGAUGGUACGUGAACAGUACAUUACAACCACAGAAGGCACCCACAUUGAGAGACCAGGGAACCAAUCUGUCUGCAAGAUUGGCAUUUAUGGCUGGAGAAAGCGUUGCCUCUACUUAUUUGUUCUUCUCUUGCUCGUCAUUCUUCUGGUGAAUUUUGCUCUCACAAUUUGGAUUCUGAAAGUGAUGUGGUUUUUCCCAACAGGAAUGGGUCACUUGCGUGUUAUAAAAGAUGGACUUCGCCUAGAAGGAGAAUCAGAAUUUUUAUUCCCAUUGUAUGCCAAAGAAAUACGCUCCAGAAUGGACACGUCUCUGCUUCUACAGUCAACUCAGAAUGUGACUUUAAAUGCACGAAACUCUGAAGGAGAGGUCACAAGCAGAUUAAAAGUGGGUCCCAAAAUGGUAGAUGUUCAGAGUCAACAGUUUCAGAUCAACAACAAGGAUGGCAAGCCACUGUUUACUGUUGAUGAAAAGGAAGUGGUAAUCGGUGUAGAUAAACUUCGAGUAACUGGUCCUGAAGGGGCUCUUUUUGAACAUUCAGUGGAGACACCCCUUGUAAGAGCUGACCCUUUUGAGGACCUUAGAUUAGAAGCCCCCACACGGAGUCUAAGCAUGGAUGCCCCAAAGGGUGUUUAUAUUAAAGCUCAUGCUGGGAAAAUUGAGGGCCUUUCUCAAAUGGAUAUCAUUUUUCAUAGUAGUGAUGGAAUGCUUGUGCUUGAUGCUGAAACUUUGUUAUUACCCAAGUUGGCUGAUGGGACUUGGAGUCCUGCCGGCAGCUCACAAAGCCUCUAUGAAAUUUGUGUGUGUCCAGGUGGAAAGCUUUACCUGUCUGUAGCUGAUGUGGAUACCACAUGCCACGAAAACAGUCAUGUCUGUCUAUAACCUGUUUGCAUCUUCCACAUAGCACCUGCCUCAUUUCAGCGAACAUGUCAAUGAAUGUUUAAGUGCUCACAUCAUGUCUUCACACUUAGAAAGCAACUUGACACCCUCUAAUGUAUAGACAGCACACAGUAACAGGACACACUCUCAAAAGGAACUCAGAAAGAAAAAUAAGCCAGUGAAAGUGCCUGGAUAAAACUAGGUGAUCUCAAAGUGGCAUGUGGAUGUUAAACACAGAAGUCAAAGAAUAUCAAAAUGUGUUUAUCCCACUAGGUGGAUUUCACAGGAAAAUGUCAGGUUUUGAAAUAGUUUAAUCUGAUUUUCAAUAUGUAAAGGAAUAAAUUAUAAAAAAUAAUCAUUCUUUCCGUAUAUACAGUCAAUGAGCAAU